GAAAAGUCUCGCCUUUACCUAACCAGACCUUCUUCGCAUUUUCGUCUUCCUUCGUGAAUCGUGAUCUUCCAUUUCUCUCGCUUUUAAAGACCUAAUCAAAACCCUAAACCCCGCAACCCCUUUCGAAUUCUUCGCUCUCUCUCUCUCUGAAUCGAUUUGUGACAUUUGUAGCUAUGGAAGCAACGGCGUUAUCAUCUGGGUUUAAUCCUCUUGUGAAGCGUAACGGUUAUAGAGUUCCAAGGUCAUGUUAUCAGAGAAAGUUUGUGUCUUUGGUUCGAUGUGAUAUAAAGGAGAUAUCUUUUGGACUCAACAAGGAAUCGAAACUUGAAGGGUCGUCUAUUGCGAUCACGCGCCGUGGAUUGAGUUUUAAGACGAAUGUUUUUGAGCAAGCUCGUUCUGUAGCUGGAGACUCUUCUUUUGAUGAUGUUAAAACAGUUAAAGCACGUUCUCAUGUUGCAGAAGAUAAGAUUGGUGUCUUGCUUUUGAAUUUAGGUGGCCCUGAAACUCUUAAUGAUGUACAACCUUUCUUGUAUAAUCUCUUUGCUGAUCCGGAUAUUAUAAGGCUACCUAGACCAUUUCAGUUUCUUCAAGGUACUAUAGCGAAAUUGAUAUCUGUAGUUCGUGCUCCGAAAUCGAAAGAAGGGUACGCUGCUAUUGGUGGUGGCUCUCCUUUGCGUAAAAUAACUGAUGAGCAAGCAGAUGCUAUUCAGAUGGCGUUGCAAGCGAAGAACAUUGCUGCUAAUGUCUAUGUAGGGAUGCGGUAUUGGUAUCCAUUCACUGAGGAAGCUGUUCAGCAGAUAAAGAAGGACAAAAUUACAAGACUUGUUGUACUACCAUUGUACCCUCAGUAUUCUAUCUCCACGACGGGUUCAAGCAUCCGCGUUCUCCAAGACUUAUUCAGGAAAGAUCCAUACCUAGCUGGAGUUCCUGUUGCUAUCAUACAGUCGUGGUACCAAAGGCGAGGCUAUGUCAAUUCCAUGGCCGACCUCAUUGAGAAAGAACUUCAAACAUUCUCUGAUCCUAAGGAGGUUAUGAUAUUCUUCAGUGCCCAUGGUGUUCCAGUCAGCUACGUAGAGAAUUCUGGAGAUCCAUAUCAGAAGCAGAUGGAAGAAUGUAUUUACUUGAUAAUGGAAGAGCUAAAAGCCAGAGGAGUUCCUAACGACCAUAAAUUGGCAUACCAGAGUCGUGUUGGGCCUGUUGAGUGGCUGAAGCCAUACACUGAUGAGGUUCUUGUAGACCUUGGUAAGAGUGGUGUUAAGAGUCUACUAGCCGUUCCAGUCAGUUUCGUGAGUGAGCACAUUGAGACUCUUGAAGAGAUAGACAUGGAGUAUAGGGAAUUAGCUCUGGAGUCAGGGGUAGAGAACUGGGGGCGGGUUCCAGCGCUAGGUCUCACGCCAUCUUUCAUCACCGACUUGGCUGAUGCAGUGAUAGAAUCUCUUCCUUCAGCAGAAGCAAUGUCGAACCCAAACGCAGUGGUCUCAGAAGAUAGUGAGUCGUCAGAUGCUUUCAGUUACAUUGUCAAGAUGUUCUUUGGUUCGAUUCUGGCUUUCGCACUGCUUCUCUCCCCAAAGAUGUUCCAUGCUUUCAGGAACCAUAUUAUCUAGAAAGAAACUUAAAUAGGAUUUCCGAUGAAAAUUCGGUUUUGUGUUAGUCUUUUCUUGGAGACAUAUCUUGGUUAAAUUCAAUGUAUAUAGUCCAAUCUUUUGAAGUACUAGUACAUCAGCUCUAAGCUGAUGUGGUUGAGUAGUUCAAUAGAUUGGACUAUAUAUAUUAAAUUUGACUAAGAAAUAAACUUAGAGGAUUGGAAUAAAGAAUGAGAAGGGUUACUAGAAAGUUCUUGAGGAAGAGACAGGAUUAGAUGUAUUUCAAAUUGAUGAUGCAUUUAGCUACAAGCCUACAAAACAUAGUGCUACGUUCCUCUUAGAGAUGAGGAGAGGAGUAAAUUCUAUUAUUUAUUUUUUC